UCACGGCCCUGUUAGUUAAGGAUUUUAUUGUGAAAGUCGCGACCGGUAAAACGUGUUUCUUGUUAGCUGGAGAGGUUAUUGUUUUUUUUAGCUAAGAGGGGCACAAAGCAAACAAACUCAACAAUAUAGACUGAUUAAAAAUGGCCGGAACGGCUUCAGUAGCUGGUGAAGUGUUCGUCGAUGCUUUGCCAUAUUUUGACCAAGGUUACGAUGCAGCAGGUGUCAGAGAAGCGGCCGCAGCGUUGGUGGAGGAGGAGACCAGAAGAUACCGACCUACCAAAAACUACCUGAGCUACUUGCCCACACCUGACUUCUCUACUUUUGAGACAGAAAUUAUGAGGAAUGAAUUUGAGCGUCUGGCGGCUCGACAGCCCAUGGAUCUCCUGAGCAUGAAGAGAUAUGAGCUGCCUGCACCCUCAUCAGGACAGAAGAAUGACAUCACAGCGUGGCAGGAGUGUGUGAACAACUCAAUGGCCCAGCUAGAGCACCAGGCAGUCCGCAUUGACAACCUGGAGCUCAUGUUGCAGUAUGGAACCAACGCAUGGAAAGUCUACAACAAUAACUUGGCCUUCAUGAUUGAGACCGCUCAGAAGGAACUUCAGAAAUUCAGGAAGCAAAUUCAAGAUUUAAACUGGCAGCGUAAGAAUGAUCAGUUAGCGGGAGGAGCCAAACUGCGAGAACUGGAGUCAAACUGGGUGUCUCUGGUCAGUAAGAACUUUGAGAUCGAGCGGGCCAUUGUCCAGCUGGAGAACGAAGUAACUCAGCUGAGACAACAGCAGGGGGACGAGAACAAGGAGAACAUCAGACAGGACUUCUAGAGCAGCAGUUUUCACCCUCGUAGCACUGAUCUACCAACUAAUGAUCCCUCAUCAGAAAGAUGUCAUCUUGUUUCAUUUGCCGACUGCACUAAGAAGAAACCUAAGAAGGUAAAGUUACCUGUACGGAGGAGACUUAAUGUGAAACUUGCUCAUGUUCAACUUUGUCAUCAAAUAACCUGGACAUUCAGAAGGAGUGGUCCAGAAACCUCAGUGACAACGCCUCUUAUUCUACUGUAAAAACAGUGGUGGAAUGUGGUAUUAUGCAGCAUUUGGACUCUACCUUUUUUUCAAGGGUCACAGAUGUUUAAAGCGAGACUAUGUAUGGUUUGCAACAAGACGUUUAUGUUCUUACAAAUGGAAAAUUGAAUUCAUAAGCAAUAAAUCAUCAAUCUUUGCUCGACUAGUAGCUAAUGCUGGCGAAUGUUUGCAAACUUUAAUGUGUACUUGACAUUACUGAGUCGGUUUGCUGGGUUUAAAAUUAGUUUCUUCUUGUGCUACCGUUAUAAUUGCAUUUUAACAUGAUUCCAUAAAUGCCACAAGCGACAUUUAGCAAAUGUUACAUAAUCUCGCUUUUAAAGUGUAAUUCAUACAAGCAUGUAGGUUUCAGUCGUCGAGGCCAUCUACCAACACACGUGUGUUUAGAAUCAAGUGUACAUAGUUUGUCAAGCCUGUCGAAGAGAACAUUAUCUCUGUAAGCCUCUAAGUCAUUUUUUUAUGCUGUUUUAAUAAAAUGGACAUUUGUUAUAUU